AUGGCUUCAAAGAAGGACAUGCGACGGGCUGAUCUCGUCAUUCCAUAUGUCGAGCCCAAGGACGAGAAACCGGCUGACUUUGGCUCGACAAUUACAAGCACCAUGCCUAUGGCAGCUAUGUUCACUAGGAAUCGAAUGCUUGGAUGGUUUGCCCUUCUGUCAUCGUUACUGGGUUGGCUUGGUGAAACCCCAAGUCAGAAGGCGAACGCCACGACACCGGGUUAUCUUUCGUUUGGCAUGUCAGUCCUCGCUGUUGACCCCUUCGCGGAGGUUGACGACGAUACUGGGGAUACAAAGCAGUCCCAGAAUUACAUCCACAUUCGUAUUCAGCAACGCAAUGGUCGUAAGACUUUGACAACCGUCCAAGGCCUUCCCAAGAAGUUUGACCAGAAGAAAAUUCUCAAGGUCAUCAAGAAAAAAUUUGCCUGCAAUGGCACAAUCGUCGCGGACAGUGAGAUGGGCGAGGUGAUUCAGCUUCAAGGUGAUCAGCGCAAAGAUGUUCAAGAGUUUUUGGUCGCAAAAGAUGGCCUCGAACUCGACGCAAAGACUAUCAAGGUCCAUGGUUUCUAG